UACCAAAUAAGUGUCACAUGUUUCACUUUCCAUACAAACAACAUGGCGUGGAAGCAUUUGCGGCGAUUUUUGCAGGGGCUCUUCGUCUUCGCCUGCUUGUCAUUUCCCUGCCAGGCUCGCUAUGGCGGGCUGCGCGGUGCUGCGCUCCGGCUUCAUAAAGUGCAUGAUGUAGGUGGUGCUGGUGUGGAGGAGCAGUGGUUCACGCAAAGACUGGACCAUUUCGAUGGUGCCGAAACCCGAGUUUGGAAACAGAGGUUCUUCGUGAAUGACACCUUCUAUCGAAGCGGCGGCCCGGUGUUUCUCAUGAUCGGGGGGGAGGGUCCCGCAAAUCCCGCCUGGAUGCAGUACGGGACCUGGCUGACAUAUGCGAAGAAGCUUGGCGCCCUGUGUUUUAUGCUGGAGCACCGCUUCUACGGGAAGAGUCGUCCUACUGAGGACCUGAGCUUCGCCAGCCUCCGCUACCUGAGCAGCCGGCAGGCCCUGGCGGACCUGGCCCACUUUCACUCGUCCAUGGCUGCUGCACGGGGACUCACCGGCAGCAAGUGGGUAACUUUUGGCGGCUCGUAUCCCGGCUCGCUGGCCGCCUGGUUCCGUCUGAAGUACCCACACCUGGUCCACGCCUCAGUGGCGACCAGCGCACCCGUGCACGCCGUCGUUAACUUUCCUGAGUACCUUGAAGUAGUGAGGCAGUCUCUUGCGGCUGAAAACCCAGAGUGCCCUCUGCUGGUCCAGGAGGCUUCUGACACUCUGUACAGACGUCUCCAGGACCCCGAGACUUAUGUGAAUAUCACCAAAGAUUUCAGUCUCUGCGCAGACCUGCAGAUCCAGACCAAAAUGGACAUUCCCUACUUCCUGGAGACUGUGGCCGGCAACUUCAUGGAUGUUGUCCAGUACAACGAGGAUAACAGGGAGUUUGAGGGAGUUCCUGGGACCAACGUCACCAUCAAGGUGCUCUGUGGGGUGAUGAUGGACGCCUCUCUGGGCACCCCCUACAGUCGGUACGCAGCGGUCACUAGUCUCAUGCUGAAGACCUUCUCGCAGAAAUGCUUGGAUGUCAGCUACUCUACAUACCUGAAGGACAUGAGCAAUACCUCCUGGAGUGGGCCUGCUGCUGGUGGAGGGCGACAGUGGGUUUACCAGACCUGCACAGAGUUUGGCUUCUACCAGAGCACAGACUCGCCUAACCAGCCUUUCACCGGCUUCCCCCUGCAGUACUUCCUGCAGCAGUGUCAGGACAUGUACGACGCCUCUCUGAAUGCGACGGCCAUUGCAGAUGCGGUGACCCAGACCAACGAGUUCUACGGCGGCUACGAUGUGCACGCGACACGCAUCGUCUUCCCCAACGGCUCCAUUGACCCGUGGCACGCCCUCGGGAUCACCCAGGACAUCAGCGAUGACCUUCCGGCGGUCUUCAUCAAAGGCACUGCACAUUGUGCGAACAUGUACCCUGCACGGCAGCAGGACCUCCCCCAACUGGCACUGGCACGGGAUCACGUCUUCGUGCUUCUUCAGAAGUGGCUGCAGCAGUGAGUGCACCAUCUGGCCCCCA